GAAAGUUCCUGCUCCGGUGAACACUGACUCCAUAUCGCACCUAUCCCAGCUCCAGUGGUUGCUUCUGAAGAAAAAUAUCUUCAGUUAUGUCAACUGAAUAUGUGCAGGCGUCUCAUGAUAUCUCAGAAGACCGACGGGAUGGACGAGAUGCUCACUGUAACCACUUAGAUGACCUUUCUGAACAACUGUUGAAAAGCUGUGAACUCAAAAAGAUACCAAGAAAGGGGAAAGCUAUUCAAGUCUCUCAGAAAAGUGAGCUGGACCAAAAAAAACCAAAGAGGAAAGAUACACCAGCAAUACACACUCCGCCACCUAUAGCAGGCAUUCUUUCAGACCACUUAAUUAGGAGGUGUGACCCCUCUGAUAAUUCACCAAAAACCAACAUGCAUCUGGCAUUUCAAAAUGCAGAGCAAGAGGAGAAAAAACCGAGAAGGAAAAACACACCUGCAAUAAAUACACCUCCUCUACUUGCAGGUAUUAAAUUACUUAAAGAAGAUAAGCAGACUGUGAUUGUUGAAGAUGAAGAAAAGGAGGCAGAAACGUCACCCUUUUAACAUCCCAUCAUAUCAGCAAGUUUUUGUAAAUAAUUCUGUAUGACUGAAUGGUAGUAUUAUCUCUAAAGCCUAAAAAAAAAACCCACCCAAAAAUAUAAACCAUGUUGCUUUCAGAUGUACAAUAUAUUUUAUCUGUUUUGCAUGUUGAAGUAAAUAUGGAUUAUUUGAGCCAAAUUCUUCCCUACAAUUAAAAUAAAAAUGACCAUGUACCUUAAGUAUUUUAGGAAUUAACAUAUAAAGUCAAUUGGAAUUAACAUAUAAAGUCAAAAAGAAGACAGUUGCCCCAGAAGAAUUCCCUCAUGCCAAAACGCUGCAUGAAACAUAUUAUUCUAUCCCUACUCCUUCCUAUCUAUGAAUACUUAACAGUUGUUGCUUUUAUUCUGCUAUCAGCUGAGACUUGUUUUAUAUAUUUUUAUACAUUUUAACAUCUAUUAUUUCCCUCCUGAAUCCACAGCAACUUUCAGUCUUAUUGUUUUCUCAGUGACUUGCUUCUUCUUCAUGUGCUCUGAAUGAAGUCUGGUGUGGACUCUAUUUCUGCUGGAAAUGUAAUCAAGCUGAAGUGCUGCAGAAUGUCUUUCAUGUGCAGCUUACGGCUCAUGGCACGACUUCCCCACCAGCCUUCACCCCACUGAGCUUUCCAACACUAUCCUAUCCUUGCUUUUCUGACAAUAAAAAUACAGGCCCCUCUCAUCAUGAAACCAGGCAUGAGACUUCCAGCUCAUCCAAUUUGUCCUUUGCCUCAGUUCUGUUGUAGCCGCACACCUACCCCUUGAACCAAUAUUGGCAUUUUAUUUGAGUCAGUACCUUUUUUCCUUUUUGGCAAUUCUCAUUUGGCUAUGUAUAAGACAUAGCAGGAAACCCACCCAUUUAUGUUGGAAACCCAACACUCCAUAGCGUUCCUCAAUAUUGGUUGUAAAGCAGGCCACUUAAGUCAAACCCUACUUCCCGACUGGGAGCAAUAUUAAAAUAGGAGUUUGGUUUCCAGAUAACACUUGAGGCUCAGAUCUACUUUCUUUCUCUCUUGUCCUCUCUCCUCUGCUGUUUUGCUAGCUCUUUUUGUUCCCUUUGCUAUCGUUUCCCAUUUCCUAUCCACUUUCCAUUGCCUUGCUUGCUCCUUUUGUCCCUCUUGGCUGUCCUCUCUUUUCUCCAUCCAUAUUCUACUGUCAAACUUGCAUCUUCUACCCCACUUGGCUUUCUUCUCACGUCUGUCUGUCUGAUGCUGUCUCACUUGCUCCCUUUCUCCCAGUCCAUCCCCUCCAACUCCCUCUGUUUUCUGCCCUGCCACACUUCCUGCUGUCGGUGUACCAGUUGCAGAGGUUGUAAAACUAAGUUGUGGGUGCUAAUAGUGGGACAUUGGGGAACACAGAAGUAGACAUAAAAGCAAAAGGGGGAUUGCAAAGCAAGAUGCCGUAAGUGAGGCAUAUACUGUACAUAUUUUGGGUUUUCUUUACUAAUUUUAUGGUAAACACAAAUAUUGUGUUUAUUGUCUGGUUAUCAUCUGGGAUACAUGAACACAUAAACAUGCAGUUCCAAAUCACAUCACAUUUUUAUCAUCUUGUAUCACCUAGCAGUGAGUAACAACUUAGCGCCUGUUAAUUUUGCUUCCUAUCACUUAAACUAAAUCCAUGUACUCCUUUUAUCUGAGAGAGGUAAACACUUCUACAGAUAAUUUAAGACAAAGUUACACCAUUGAAAACUUGUUAAUAAGUGACAAAGCCCAGAGCUGUAAAUGUUAAUUUAAGUAUUUCAUUUGUAGGACAAACUUUGUUUAUUAUUUUCAUUUGUGCAAGUGAUUUGGUUGUACUUUCUUUAUUAGCAAAUGUAGAUUUAAUGUCACGCUCAGAAUUAGAAUUUGAUGAGAGCAAUCCAUCUUUGCAACUUCCAAAUUAGAAAAUGCAGUGCCAUCUGUAAAGAGAAUUUUCCAGAACUGAAAUGUCUGUACUGUGUGUCAUAUAAAUGAUGUAAUCUAAUAUAGUGGAAUAGGAAUUAUUUGUGUAGAUAAUUAUUCUAAAC